AUGGAAGGGGGCGGGGCCCCCGGGGCGCGCCGGGGCGGGGUGAGCGCGACCGGCCUCUCCUGGGGUCUCGCGCCCCCAGCGCGCGGAACUGCCCGGCGUUUCAGAGCGUCCGAGCCUGCGGCGGAGCACACUCGGGGAACUGCAGCCCAGAGACGGCGGGGUCUGGAAGUCGGGGGGCGACGCGGUGGGAGGUGCCCUGUCUUGAAGGAAGGAGUUGGCAGGGAAGCCGGUGCAACCGCAAGUCCGCUGGAUCUUGGGGGACACGCGCUCAAGAUGCUGGUCUGCACCCUUCUGGUCCUCCUCUUCUGCCUCAGAGGGCAAGCAGGGUCACCCCACUUCCUGCAACAACCGGAGGACCAGGUGGUACUGCUGGGGGAUGAGGCGCGGCUGCCCUGUGCCCUGGGGGCAUACUGGGGGCUGGUCCAGUGGACUAAGGAUGGGCUGGCUCUUGGGGGUGAGCGGGAUCUGCCAGGGUGGUCCCGGUACUGGAUAGCAGGGAGCACAGCCAGUGGCCAGCACGACCUCCACAUCAGGCCCGUGGAGCUAGAGGACCAAGCAUCCUACGAAUGUCAGGCCACGCAAGCAGGCCUCCGCUCCAGACCAGCCCGGCUGCACGUGCUGGUGCCCCCAGAACCCCCCCAGGUCCUGGGUGGCCCCUCUGUGUCUCUGGUUGCUGGGAUGCCUGCAAAUCUGACCUGUCGGAGCCGUGGGAAUGCUCACCCCACCCCCGAGCUGCUGUGGUUCCGAGAUGGGGUCCGGCUGGAUGGGGCAACCUUCCACCAGACCCUGCUGAGGGAAGUGGCCACUGGGUCCGUGGAGAGCGUCCUAUCCUUGACCCCUUCCAGCCACGACGAUGGAGCCACCUUGGUGUGCCGGGCCCGGAGCCAGGCGCUGCCGGCGGGCAGGGACACAGUGGUCACGCUGAGCCUGCAGUACCCCCCCGUGGUGACGCUGGCCGCAGACCCGCAGACGGUGCAGGAGGGCGGGAAGGUGACCUUCCGGUGCCAGGCCACAGCGCAGCCUCCAGUCACCGGCUACAGAUGGGCAAAGGGGGGCACCCCGGUGCUCGGAGCCCGAGGGCCAAUGUUGGAGGUCGUGGCGGACGCCUCGUUCCUGACCGAGCCGGUGUCCUGCGAGGUCAGCAACGCGGUGGGGAGCGCCAACCGCAGCACCGCGCUGGACGUGCAGUUCGGGCCGAUUCUGCAGGCGAAGCCGCAGCCCUUGUCUGUGGACGCGGGGGAAGACGCGGCCUUCAGCUGCGCCUGGCGCGGGAACCCGUCCCCGCGGGUCACCUGGACCCGCCGGGGGUCCUGGCAGGUGCUGGCCUCUGGGCCCACACUUCGACUCCCGUCGGUGGGGCCGGAGGAUGCGGGCGACUACUCGUGCAGGGCUGAGCCGGGGCCCGCGGGCCUGGGGGGCGGCUCCGCGGAGGCUAGGUUGACAGUGAACGCCCCCCCAGUGGUGACUGCCCUCCACUCUGCGCCCGCCUUCCUGAGGGGUCCCGCCCGCCUCCAGUGUCUCAUCUUCGCCUCCCCCACCCCAGAAGCUGUGGUCUGGUCUUGGGAUGAGGGCUUCCUGGCGGCGGGGUCGCGGGGCCGGUUCCUGGUGGAGACAUUCCCAGCCCCGGAGGGCAGCGGGGGACACGUUCCAGGCCUGAUGUCUGUGCUGCACAUUUCGGGAACACAGGAGUCCGACUUCAGCCAGGGCUUCAACUGCACUGCCCGGAACCGCCUAGGAGAGCGUGGUGCCCACGUCAGCCUGGGCCGCAGAGACUGGCUGCCAACUCUACGGAUCGUGGCUGGGGUGGCUGCUGCAGCCGUCACUCUCCUUAUGGUCGUCACCGGGGUGGCCCUCUGCUGCUGGCACCACGGCAGAGCCUCUUUCUCCAAGCAAAAGAACCUGGUGCGGAUCCCAGGCAGCAGCGAUGGUUCCAGUUCUCAGUGCCCCGAGGAGAGCGGCAGCGGCGAGGACCGGGGCCCUAUGGUGCACACGGACCACAGUGACCUGGUUCUGGAUGAGGAGGGGGCUCUGGAGACCAAGGACCCGACCAAUGGCUACUAUAAAGUGCGAGGGGUCAGUGUGAGCCUGAGUCUUGGUGAAGCCCCCGGAGGCGGCCUCUUCCUGCCACCAUCCUCCCCGCUGGGGCCUCCAGGGGCUCCUACCUUCUAUGACUUCAGCCCGCACCUGGGCAUGGCCCCCCCCUGCAGACUGUACCGAGCGCGGGCAGGUUACCUCACCACACCCCACCCUCGAGCUUUCACCAGUUACGUCAAACCCACGACCUUUGGAACCCCAGAUCUGGCCCCUGGGACGCCCCCCUUCCCGUAUGCUCCCUUCCCCACACCCAUCCACCAGCGCCUCCAGACUCAUGUAUGACAAAUCUCCGACGGAAGAGUCCUGAAAUCUUCAACUUGCCGUAUUGGAUUGUCCUGAUUUCCAAGGAACCACACCAAGUUGGUGAUCUCACGCCUCCAAAAUUGAACACCGAAGGGAGAGAAAGAUCGUGACAGUUGUCUGAGUCAUUGAUGGAUGUACCACAUGACAGUAAAAUGGCCGCCAUGUCCACCUAUUUCCCCAUGUCAAAGAGGUUCAAGAUGGCGCAUGAGCCUGCCACAGAAGGAUGGGGACAGGGAAGUGACGGGUGGAAGUCGUUUCCAGACACUGAAAGGAGGAGCUUCAGGAUGACCACCUACACUGAGAAGAUUCAGGGAGGCCUGACCAGGGCGUGUGCUGGUUCUCCCUGAGGAAGUGGAGCCAAAAGGCUGUUCAUUCCCUGGGAAACCCGUAUGGCCACCAUCUUGAUUCCUUCUAUCUUCCUGAAAGGUCCUAGAGGAAUUGGACCCACGGGGUAAGGAUGGGGCAGAAGGAGGAAAAUCUGGGGAUGAGAAUAUUUAUGUUUAAUAAAAAAAAUGGCAAAGAAGUGAGUGUGCCUUCGAGGUCCUCUUGAGGUCACCCUCUAUCGCUGAAGGAAGUCAUCAGACCUGCCUCAGCGGCCUUCCUCUACCCUAGAUCCCCAAGUAGCCACAGGAGCAAAACUGUGAGCCACCUUCAGGUCCCGUUAGGUCUCCAGGGCCCUCUGCUAUACAUCCGCACAAAUACAUAUGCACAGAUGCAGGUGCAUGGCAGGGUUACCGGGGUCAGCCCCGGGGUGGGGAG